UCCGACAAAGAGGAUAGAAUCAAACAGAUGCAACUAAUGGAACUGUCCUUCAGACGAGAUUCAUGGCGCUCCCGGCCGUGCAAUCGCAACUGUGUGACUGAUCCGUCGUGGUCACUAGAACCUGGUUCUUCUUUACCGCAUGCUGCAAACUUGCUCAACUUUAGCUACUGCUAUCCACAACCUUCAUUAUUUCCAGCCUUUCAGGACGAUGGACAACAUCACCACUUGCCUCAUCAUCCUCAAUUCAGCGCAUUGGGUCAACCAUCCACUCCUACACUAUCUGGAACAAAUCAACACAGUUCAAUGACGAGUUUGUCCCAUCAGUUCCCUCCAAAUUUCAACACCACAGUUUUACUCGGCCAUGGUCCGCUACCCGGGUGCUUCAAUGGCUUAUACACUCCGAAUUCGGGACAGCCCCAAACAGGGCCAGCGGUUGCCACUUCGCUCACUGCUGGUUCUCUUGCUAUGGCGCCAAUGAGCUAUUGGCAUGGUCCACCGAUGUCUCAACUGACUGACUCUCAUCCAACUGUUGCAAUGAACAGGCUAGGGUUACAUGAAGACAGUACCGUAACGCCCAUGGGCGGCAGCAUUCCAAAUACCAACAUCGUUAGUGGCAGCAGUCCACCAUUACAACCUGGAAAUGGCACCGCCUACCCCGUGUUUUUGUCGCAACCUAUGCAAUCACAAAUAUGUGGUAUGCUGCCGGACCAAGCGGCUCAGUAUGUCUUCGCUGAUUUCACUGCGCCCUGCCUCAACAGUGCACCUGACAUGGGUGUUCGGGAUGCAUCGAUACCAACUAGCGGCGGCUUGCGCUCCACUCUCUAUCCGUCCGCUGGCUGGAGCGCUUGGCCAGCGGGUGCAGAUGGCAACUUUCUAAAUGGACCUCCCAAGUAUGGUUCGAAGCAGCGAUAUUCACAAAAGCACGCUUACCACACUAAUUAUCAUUCAUCACCCAGUGCGGUAAAGUCGUCCACCGGAACUCGUUGUUCAAGCCGGUCAACAGUGGUUUCCGUGAAGGUGAGUCAGCAUACUCACCAUUCUCUCAAAUGCAACGGCGAUAUACCUAAAGGGAAAGGAAAUACAGGGUUCUCUAGACAGAUUAUUCCUUCGAAUGAGUCGCAUGACAAGGGAUUCAUACCCCAGCCAUGUACGUCAACCCCUGUUCAGCUUCCAAAAAAGUCCACAUCGACCACUGGGAACAGAUCCAGUGCUCGCACCAAAUGUGAUGUCGAUUUGGAAUGGCCGAGGCUCAGUGCCACGACACCCAACUCUUUAAAGAAUAAAUCGUCCCCUGGACUCACGGCUUCCGAACCCUAAUCUCAAUCCUCCAUUCGUCGGGUUAGAAUGAGUCGCCUUCAUUUUGCAUCUAGACGAUUACAAGCUGCAUCCCCUUUCUCCGUCAAAACUGGUUGCGUUCUCUUGUAAGGGGCAUCCUUCGCCCUGUCAUCUUCUCUCCAUGUGAUAUUGAUACGUAUUCGUUCAUUGUUUUCAGCGGCAUGCUUUUUUGUGUCGAUGAACUUGUAUUUCCUGGACGCCAUUUUCUGCUUUUUAUAAAAACUUAUACUUCA